AACGCCGGCCGCCAGCGAGCGUGCACGAAUAAGCCAGAUCAAGUGAAGACUGAAAAAAAAAAAAAAAGCCAUGGCUGUGUGCACGUUGCUUUUUAGGUCUUGUAACAAAAUACACCACGGAAAUUCCUGGCAAACGUUUCAGCAGUUGCUUACAAGAAACUACGCAAAAAAGGCAACUGCAGCAGCUUCAGCGGGACUCAGCAUCCAACCCAAGAAAAAAAAGCUACCAGUAGAAACGGAUCCAGAAAAACUCGUGCGCUUCUGCUGCGGUAGCAACAUACUCAAGGAAGGCCAGGACAUCGAGCUCGGUCCUGAUGACUCGUACCCGUCCUGGCUGUGGGAGCUGCCGCUGAACGGACCACCGCCGUUGUCGGAGAUGGACCCAGAGACUCCCGAGUACUGGGAAUCUCUGCACCGGCGAGCGCUGCUGAACCAAAACAGGUUGCUCAGUAAAAGGCCCAAAGUUCAGAUGCGCAUCAACGAGAAAGACAAGAUUCGAAAGCUUAAGGCUUUACGCUUCCGCGCACUUGCAGCGUACCACUACGACCCAGGAGUGCCGCUGCGCGAGUACGAGGAACAGCUGAAACGAAACAGGCUCGACUGGUGAUCGCUGUACAACGUGCGCGCUGUAGACUACUGCCAAACUUGCUGGCAUGUUUAUAUGGUGUUCUUUUGCCAAGUACAGCAGUCGGAGUAGCGACAAUUUCUUCCUCCGCGCACUUGACGAGCAUCACGCGUUGGACGGAACUCAUUACUUGCUCGUUACGCUGUGCAAUGCGUGUUCUAGGGACUAUUGCUCUGAAAAUGGCGCAGUUCAUUAUUUUGCUUGUGCACCUGAAAACAUCGUGCUGCCACGUUUUGACUUCAUUAAGUUUUACUUUAGUAGCACCCUGUCAUCACUAUACUAUUUACAUGAAAAAUUUACAGGCACAGGAAUCUAUGAAGGAGCCGUUUACAUGAAGCCCAGGCACACAGCCUGCAAGCUUUAGUAGUAUAUGUGGCGUUGUAGUAGGCUUGUGGCUUCUUCACCUUUUGACAAACUGCAGUGCAACAUUGCACUUAAAUUGACCUCUUUCAUGGAACCUGCAGCCCGAAUACCGAAAAUGUACAGGUGUGCAGAAAAGUAAUUGGAACAUAGGACCUGUGACUGAACUAAGCCCUCUAAAUAAGCAGGGAGCUUAGGCCAAACUGCAUUCCACUGUUCCUCUAGGAGGAAGCUAAAAAUUUGAUCACACAUGCCCCACCUGGCACUCGUAACCAGUUCACACCUCUGUCUUGCUUCUAUCUGUGAAUCAAAGUGCCAUUCUCAGUUUCUGCUGCAAAAAUUCACUAGUGCGACAGCACAGCUGCACUCCCAUGUGCUGAGGACAUGUGUAGCGCAUACGAAAUGCAGAACAGCUGUGCUACCAGCACCAUCACUCUGGGGAGUGUCAUACACAAAAGCUUCGACCAAAGGGUGAACAAACAGAGAAGUGUUAAAUGGCUAUAGUUGCUGGCCUGUGCACAUGCAUCAUCCAAUUCCUUGCUUCCCCCAAGGCUGCUAGAGAGCACUGGGACGCAGUUUGGCCACAGCUCUCGCGAUCCAAAUACUUUUGCGUGCACGUUAAUGUUAGCCUGGUGUGGAAGGAGCCUGUAUGCAAAAGACUUGUGCAUUGUUAAGUCGAUACUGCGAAAUCCUCAUUGCUGUACUCUGUCUUAGGAACAGUACAAAAUUAAAUUAAGUUGUAAUAAAGGCACUACAAUCAUUUA